AUGGGUCUUUUAGGAGAACGAGGCCUCGAGCUCGAACGCCGCAACAAUGCGUUGCGUCUGAAUGGUAACACUGUCAAUGGCGCCACAGCGGACAUUGGCAUCACCACCAGAGGUUCAGACUGGUACUUCGCGGUAUGCGCCGUGAUGACAGUCGCUGGUUUUGCCUUCAUGGGUCUUGCGCUUCGCAGGCCACGCCACACCCGUAUCUUCCACUACAUCACGUCUGCCGUCGUCUUCACUGCCGCCAUCGCAUACUUCACAAUGGGCUCCAACCUCGGCUUCACCCCGAUCCAGGUCGAGUUCUUCCGCUCUGAUUCCAAGGUUAGGGGCACAUUCCGCGAGAUCUUCUACGUCAGAUAUAUCGAUUGGUUCAUCACCACACCUCUACUCUUGAUGGACCUGAUGUUAACCGCGGGCAUGCCCUGGCCGACCAUCAUGUUUGUGAUCUUCGCCGACUGGGUCAUGAUCAUCACGGGUCUUGUCGGCGCGCUCGUCGUAUCCCGGUACAAAUGGGGCUUCUUCACCUUCGGCUGCUUCGCCCUCUUCUACAUCCUGUACCAUCUCGGCUGGGAAUCCCGCCGCAACGCAAACCGCUACGGGAAAGACGUCGGCAGGGCCUUCCUCUUCUGCGGCGCCCUCACCUCGGUUCUCUGGCUCUGCUACCCCAUCGCUUGGGGCGUCUGCGAAGGCGGCAAUAUCAUCGCGCCGGACUCUGAAGCAGUCUUUUACGGCAUCCUUGACUUGCUUGCUAAGCCUGUGUUCGGCGCGCUGUUGAUCUGGGGACAUCGCAAUAUCGAGCCGUCGCGGUUGGGACUCCACAUUAGGGAUUAUGACAACGAUGUUGCGGUCAACGAGAAGCAUCGUCCGACGAAUGAUUAUGGCGUUCCCGCAUCUGGUCACACUGGCGAAACCACUGGGGCAACCACUGGUGCGACGAACACAGCCACCAGCGGAACGACUACGACUCCCGCGGCUGCUCCGAACUCUGAUGGCCUUGGUGGCAACGUUCCGACUCACACCCCAGGGGUUUAG